AAAACUCUCGAAAAACAACGAAAAACACUAAAAAAUUGUUUCGUUUUAUUUUUUCUUAUUCAAAUCUUUCAUCUUCACUUGGUGCUUUUCGAUGGUUGUCACCGGAUGGGAGUGCGUGGUGCAUCAUUAUUGUAUAGACGUGUGAAAGUGCGCGCAGCCGGUCGAGAUUUUGUUGCGGGGGCGGUUGAACUCGCUUAAUGUAUCGCCGGGCGUAGAUUGUGCAACGCAGCAUCCGAGUCGAGACAUUUUUCCGCUUGGUCUCGUGUGAAUUUUCACGCAAUUUUGAUAUUAUCUACCGAAAUAAUCAUCGCGCACGUCUUACUACUUUUACUUGAUCAUCACGCCGAAUUACGCGCAUAACACGCGCUUAAUUGUUAAUCAAUUUAUAAAUAAUCAAUAUAUACAGCACUUGGAAUUAACGAAUUUAAACUAAACAUAUUUGUGGUGUAAAUAAAUGGAAUUUUAACUCAAACAACGUGAGUUCCUCCUCUCAAUGGAUAUGUGUACGGAAUUACAACAACUCACACAUGGGGAUGUGAGGGUAUAGUUUUCACGGUCGGAGGCGGCAUGGACGGUGGUGGCAGCGCGAUGGACGCCACCGGCGGCGGCCAGCCCGAGGAGGGUUACCUCCUCGUGCGCAUCCACGUGCCCGAGCUGAACGUGCAAAAGUGCCUACAGUUCCCCAGGGACCAACUCGUCUGGGACGUCAAGCAACAAUGUUUGGCUGCAUUACCAAAGGUGGCUUCUUGGUUCAGGGAAUUGAAGGAGAGCUUCAACUACGGGUUAUUCUGCCCGCCGGAGAACGGACGCGCCGGAAAAUUCCUCGAUGAAGAACGCCGAUUGGGGGAUUAUCCAUUUAAUGGCCCCGUGGGAUAUCUUGAGUUGAAGUACAAGCGGCGCGUGUACAAGAUGAUGAGCCUGGACGAGAAGCAGCUCAAGAGUCUGCAUACGCGCGCGAAUCUUCGACGAUUCCUGGAUUAUGUCACCAACGGGCAAGUUGAGAAGAUCACCAAGAUGUGCUCGAAGGGACUCGAUCCGAAUUUUCACUGCCAGGAUUCAGGAGAAACACCUCUGAGUAUAGCUACUGGUAUAAAGAAGCCUGCAAAAGUAUUGAUUGCGUUGGUCAAUGGCGGUGCCCUUCUGGACUAUCGUAAUCGUGAUGGUUCUACAGCCAUGCACCGUUCAGUGGAGCAUAAAAGUUUGGAAGCGAUGAAGACAUUGCUGGAACUAGGCGCGUCGCCGAACUACAAAGACGGCAAAGGGAUCACACCACUCUACCUCACCAUCACGCACAACGCUGAUCCUGUCUUCACCGAGACGCUGCUGCAUGACCAUGCUACCCUUGGCGCGCAGGACCUGCAGGGAUGGCAGGAGGUGCAUCAGGCCUGCCGGCAGGGUAUGCUUCAGCACCUGGAGCACAUGCUCUUCUAUAGUGCUGAUAUGAAUGCGCGUAAUGCGUCCGGUAACACUCCGCUGCACGUGUGUGCGGUGAAUAAUCAGGAGUCUUGUGCUCGGCAACUGCUUUUCCGUGGGGCCGAUCGCCAGGCACUGAACUAUGCCAAUCAAACGCCAUAUCAAGUGGCUGUAAUUGCGGGUAACAUGGAACUGGCUGAGAUCAUUCAACAAUACCGCCAGGAAGAUGUCGUUGUCUAUCGCGGCCCGCCAUCGUACAAUCCGAAACGGCGUUCCGCCAUCGGAUGGCUAAAUCGUGCUCCGUCCAUGAGUUGUCUAGCCCUUCCUCCAUCCCCAUGUCCCAGCGACCGCUCCUCGGCCCCGUACAGUUCGGCGAGCUCGAGUAUGAGCGACGGCAGUAGUAACGUGCCGCAUGGAAUCGAAACAGACAAUGCCAGCAUCAUCACAGAUAAGAGUCUUGUGGAUAGUGACAUUAUCAGCGACAGUUCCGGUGUGGGAACUGCAAAUUCAGACACAACUAGUGGAAGUAUUUCGAUGCCUGGCACGACGGUUGUGUGUGUCGAGGCGUACAAAGCCCAAGAAGAAGGACAUAUUAGUAUUAGUCUUGGGGACAUUAUUGAAAUUACCGGCGCGACUGAUGACGGCUUCCUUGAAGGAAUUCUAAAAUCAGGCAGCAAUAGAGUUAACGGUUUGUUCCCCGUGAAUUGCGUGCAGGAAGUACGCCUACGCCAUCAUCACAAUAUCCAAACACCAAUGAUGGUUGCUCGUGACCGACAAAAUGGCACCUCGAACGGUAACCGCAGUGAUGGUGGUCGUGUUCUGGGACGUAGGGAGAGUACCUCGAAACAUUUCGCGACUGCACCUAGAGUGAAAAAGAACUUCAACCAAAUUGGGUAUGAACCGCGCACGGUGGUGUUGCAUCGAGGUCGCAAAGGUUUCGGUUUCAUUUUGAGAGGUGCUAAGGCCACCUCGCCGUUAAUGGAGUUGACACCUUCGGAAAAGUGUCCAGCACUGCAAUAUUUGGAUGAUGUGGAUCCAGGAGGAGUGGCGGACAUGGCUGGUUUGCGUAAAGGAGACUUCCUAUUGGAGAUCAAUAAAGAAGACGUCUCAUCAGCGUCGCAUGAACACGUCGUGGACUUAAUUCGGAAGUCUGGGGAUCUGGUUUCCAUGACGGUGGUUUCAAUAGCACACACUCCGGGUGUUCUCCCAACGAGUAAAAGUACCAUUCUGCAACCUGGCAGUUGUGAUGUGCCCUUGAGUAGAGCUUAUGCUACACUACCUAGAAAGAUGGGUAACAAUAAUGGUACUGGUACAUUGACGCGUAGUCAAGCCCCCAUGCCACCUAGGCGUGAUCCUAAGACCACAUUGAGUGUGGGACGUGCGCGGGCGAAGAGCAUGGUCGCCGGCCUAGAAGCAGAGAAAGAAGAGACUGAUGACAUCACCAAGUCGAGCUCGGCAGAGUCGAUCCACCAGGGGACGCCGACCAUUGGCACACCUGUGCAACCACGUACGGCGUCAAUACGACAACGACCAACUUCAAGUCGCAUCACCUCCGCUGAAUUGGAAGAACUAUUUGAGAGGCAACGUGGCGAAGAUAACCGUACCACGUCACUCAUGACCAGUUCCAACUUCCAAACACAUAGCUCGCCGAACAAAGGUCGCGUUUACGCCAGUGUUGCUGAAAUGAAACGCUCCAAAAGCAAGGCGACGAAGGUCCGCUUCGUUGGGUCAAACAUUAGUGAACUCCAUCGCGAUUUUCAUAGCACACCAGAUCUGGCCGCCGCUCUGGCAGCGGCGUCUAGUUUAGGUAAACCACAUCGAAGCCAGGAGGAUGUGAGUCUCAAUCGUGCUCUGCCACCACCUACGCAUCCACCACCGCCGCCUCCCACAGGAGUUCAGGUGGUCAAGCUGGAAUUGCGCAGCGACUACGAGAACUUCAACAAUAAGGACGGCAAAGAGGAAGGUAUUGUGAGUUCGUUUAGACCAACGGCGGCAGCGAAACUGUACGCGUCCCCCGAGGAUAUGAAAACGGUCGGGUAUCGGUCUAAAUCGCUGCCGAAUUCGAAUCGUGGCCUGCGGAAAAGUCACAGCCUACGGACCAGCUCCACAUUCAAACCCCCCGACGCCGCCAACACGAAUCCGUACGCGCAGCCGAUUAAUCGCGCGUCGCGCUCACAUUCGCUCACCGGCGCUGGUGCGGGCAACAGAAAGAAACGGUUGAGCGUGGAUAACGGCACUCCGCCGAUUCCCGAGCCCGAUUAUAGCUGUUCAGAUAGUGAGAGUGAAGACGAAAAGGGCAAGAUGAGGCUACAAAGUCUACCACAACCGAUCGAGAAUAGUGGUAACAGUAAUGCAAGUGGUAGUAGCAGCGGAAGCAGUUCGAUUCCACACAGUUUCAGUGUGGACGAGAUACAGAAAGGCAGGUCCUUGCUCCGUUCGUCCAAAUCUUACCCCGACGACUUCCUCAAAAAGCAAGCGGCGGCGUUGGAAGAUGGCGACAACAGUUCAUCUGGAGUCAGCUCUGAUCAAGAAAUACCACCACCUAAUCUACACGAAUAUUCAGCCGAACGUGAAAGUAGUACUAGUUUAAACAAGUCGAAUCGACAACAAAUUGGAAUUGUGUCCAGACAUGCAGUGUCGUUAGCUCAAUUACCACCGCCGAUGGAAAGCGACCAAGAUGACGACUUCUGCUUGCCACCACCGCCGGAAUUCGGCGAACAUGGCGAACCUCUGCAAACGGAUGCUGUCCUCGCACCACCGCCACAAUUCAGUGAUCUUUCCGGUGGCGUUUCGAAAGUCCGCAUCGUGGGCGCCGUGCCCAAAACGCCAACGAUGGCGAAACUCAAGCAGGGCCGACUGCACAGCCAAUAACGCGCUCCCACAGCGCCAGCGUCAACAUCACCACGAAGCAGUCAUUAAUUUAUUUUACUUUCAAGUCCCAACCCAAAAUAGAAUCGAUAAAAGUAUAACGAAAAUGAGUACAUGCAAUUAUAAACGAAGUGAGCAGCACACAGACAACUUGCAACCAAAACUUGUAACAACAUAGUCAAUUUUUAAGUGGAUUUCCCGAAACAAUAAGCAAGUAUACAACGUGCGAGGUUUUUUCGAAUGCGAGAUGCAAUUUUUAGAGCACAAUAUGAAGCUUUUUCCUAUAAUAACUAUUACGAUACCAAUUUUACAAUACAAUAAGGAAUUGAACAUCAGACGAAAUGCAUCACUAUUGAAUGUUUCAAAUAAUCACAAACACACUCACAAGUUUUUCAAUGUCAUCCAAGGAAACCAUAGGCUAAUUCUCAAACCAACCACUCACUGAUUUAUUUAUUAUUAAAUUACAAAUAUUUAAAUUAUAUAUUUAUCGAAGUGCGCGUCAGGAAUGUACGACUGUUGCGCAGCUUCACGAUGUAGACGAAAAUUAAACGCAAGUUAUUAGGCAUCAUACGAUUAAACAAUGUUUAUACACGAAACAAAUACCUUAACGCGUAAACGACUACUAUAUUCACAAUAUCGCCAACUUUACACGAUACCACGAUUGAUAUUACGAGUUUAGGAGAUGGAACAAAUUAUUCUAUGAGAAAAUAUUCGUCCUGCCAAAUUUAAAUUUAAUUAAACACUGAGAGUAAAAUAUGUAUAAUGGUUUAUCUACGAGAAGAGAUGAGUACAAGGAGAUUAAGAGAAAAUGAACAAAGAAUCUCUGAAGAAUAAUUUCGAUUUACAGAUUGGCCUACAAGCAAAGACUUUUUCUUGGUUUUAUUGAUUCAAUUAAGUUCAGUGUCUCAACAUGUUUGAUACAGAUGAAGGUACUGACCGUAAAAGUGUGUGAAUUGUAUUAUAUUUUUUAUAGUAAGGUUUAUUCUUAGAUAAGUUAUUAUGCUCAAAUAUUGUAAAUGUUUUUUCCUCUAUUGUAAGCAAGCUGGUUGAAGCAGCAGGUCGUAAUGAUUGAACAACUUGUUUUUUCCACUGAGUACUGAUGUUAAAGCAAGGAAAAAUCAGCGGCGAUGUUUCACGGUUUGUUUCUCUAGCAGACACACAAAGUUGUAUUUUUCUUUCGUUUUGUAUAUACGUGUUUAAGUCGGUUCGAUUGCGUGCGGCAAGCAGCAUUACCAGGUGAUGGCGUUUUCAUUCUUGGCAGUUUCCGUAUGAACAAAUUUGUACGAUUACUGCGCGCGUGUUUAUCAUAACGUUAAAGCAAAGUUAUUUUAAGCGAAGCGAGGCGAGAUUUCUUUAAGGACCGUUUGCCAUCGCUGUCAAUGCGAAUGGCGCCGAGGUCCUUAACGAAAUCCUUUUUUUACAUUUAAAUUUAAUGUUUGUAAGGAGCAGCGGACGCAAGUGAGAGGUGGAACAAAAGAUGUGUCAAAUUUAGCCAAUAUUAAGACGUAUUAUUAUUCUACAUACAUUUAUGAACAUUUAAACGUUGAUUUUUACAUAGUUCAUAAACGCAGACUAGAUUAAUAUGCAUUACACGAACGAUAUACAUGAAAACAAAAAAAAACACGUUUUGUCUCUGUAACAUCCUCAUCUCAAUUAAAUUACAUAUAAUAUAUCUAAUUAAUAAAAUAGAGAACAUAUUAUUUAUUUAUAGAGCUGAAGACGCUAUAAAGUAAUCGAAA